AUGAACCCUAAUCACCACAUGUCAGCAGCAUUGACCUCUUACGAAGACGCCUGCAAAACCGAUCCAGAACUGCAGGCAUUCGAUGCAACCCUCCACGAGAAAACCAAUCGAGUCAUCAACAGCCUUGCCACAACCGUCGAGGUCAGAUCCUUGUCCUUUGAUUCACUCAAAGAGGUCACCAGCUGCCUCCUUGACAUGAACCAGGAGGUAGUCAAAGUCAUACUUGACUGCAAGCGAGACGUGUGGAAAGAUGAUGACUUGUUCGAUUUGGUAGAGGAGUACUUUGAUAACAGCAUCAAGACCAUAGACUUCUGUGCCGUCCUCGAGAACUGCCUCAAGCAAGCUCGUAAUAGCCAGUUUCUUGUCCAAGUUGCUGUCAAACAGUUCGAGGAAGAAUGUCCUUUGCAAGUAGGGUUUGCAAAGACAUUGCACGAGCUCCGGAUGUUUAAAGAUGCAGAGAAUCCAUUCACUGAAGAGUUCUUCAAUCUGUUUCAGCAGGUUUACAGGCAGCAGAUUUCAAUGCUCGAAAAGCUGCAACGUAGGAAGACAAAGCUCGAUAAGAAGAUCAAGACGAUGAAGAAAUGGAGGAUGGUAACGAAUGUACUGUUCGUCUCUGCAUUUGUCUCGGUGCUUGUUUUCUCGGUGGUGGCAGCUGCUAUCGCUGCACCGCCAGUCAUCACAGCAUUAGCUGGGGCGUUGACUGUUCCGAUUGGUUCGAUUGGGAAGUGGUGCAAUAAUCUGUGGAACAAGUAUAUGCAGGCAUUGAAAGGGCAGAAGGAGUUGGUUAGUAUAAUGCAGGUGGGGACUUUCAUAACGAUUAAGGAUAUGGAUACUAUAAGGGUGCUUGUGGGGAAAUUGGAAGUUGAAAUAGAGGGUUUGGUACAGAACGCCGAGUUUGCUCUGCAGGAUGAAGGAGAAGUUGCUGUGAAGCUUGUGAUUGAUGAGAUUAAGAAGAAGCUGGAGAUGUUUAAUGAGACCAUUGAUGCUUUAGCGGAGCACACGCGAAAGUGUAGCAGGGAUAUUAGCCAGGCAAGGACUGUUAUCUUGCAGAGGAUUAUCAGGUAUCCAGGACAAUGA